AUGAAGUGGUCUGUGAUAACUGUAUUCUCUUGCAUGCCCCUAAUUUUGAGGGAGGUCAGCGCUAGUCGAGUUCAUGCUGUCAGUUUUCUCAAUAACUCGACAUAUCAAGAAGUGGAAUUUAGGCCGGAAACCAGUUUAAUGAUUGGGGACAUUCUGCCAGAAAAGGGUGACAAAUAUUAUGAUAAAAAUAGAGCACCUAAACUUUCUGGACAACCCACUAUUGUAUAUUUUCACGUGACAGUGUUGUCACUGGAUUCAAUCAAUGAAGAGAGUAUGACAUACGUAGCAGAUAUAUUUCUCGCUCAAUCUUGGCGUGAUCCCCGACUCCGUCUGCCUGAGAACAUGCACGAGGAGUACCGGAUCCUCGAUGUGGACUGGCUCAAUAAGAUAUGGAGACCCGAUUGUUUUUUCAAGAAUGCAAAGAAGGUCACCUUUCAUGAAAUGAGCAUACCGAACCACUAUCUCUGGCUAUACCAUGACAAGACGCUGUUGUAUAUGUCAAAAUUGACAUUGGUGUUAUCUUGCGCGAUGAAGUUCGAAUCAUAUCCUCAUGAUACGCAGAGCUGUUCUAUGAUGAUUGAAAGUCUAUCGCACACAGUUCACGACCUCGUCUUCAUUUGGAAUCUAACCGACCCGCUUGUUGUCAACCCGGAAAUCGAACUGCCACAACUUGAUAUAUCUAAUAACUACACUUCGGAUUGCACUAUCGAGUAUUCUACUGGUAACUUCACCUGUCUUGCUGUUGUGUUUAACCUGCGCCGGCGGUUGGGCUACCACCUGUUCCACACAUACAUCCCCUCUGCCCUCAUCGUCGUCAUGUCCUGGAUCUCAUUUUGGAUUAAACCUGAAGCUAUACCUGCACGAGUCACCUUAGGCGUUACAUCGCUUUUGACUUUAGCAACGCAAAACACUCAAUCUCAACAGAGCCUGCCUCCGGUAUCUUAUGUAAAGGCAAUAGACGUCUGGAUGUCUUCAUGCUCAGUUUUUGUGUUCCUGUCCCUCUUCGAGUUCGCAGUCGUCAACAACUACAUGGGACCAGUUGCCACUAAAGCUAUGAAGGGCUACUCCGAUGAGGAUCUAAGUAGAGAGUUGGAUGCUUAUAAGCACAUAUUUCCGAAUUCUGUCGACCCACGGGCGAGUACGUCUGCCUCGCUCCCUCAAUACGACACCUUCUGCAACGGGAGAGAGACAGCAAUAUAUAUAGACCGUUUCUCGCGUUUCUUCUUUCCAUUCUCUUUCUUCAUACUUAACGUUGUGUAUUGGUCUACGUUUUUGUAAAUAUAACUUAAGCAGUAUGUUUAUAUCUAUAUCAUCUUAGUAAUAUUAUAAUUCUUUUAUGAUACAUGCUUUAAUUAUAUUGUCUAGUCAUGUUGGAAGGCAAUGGCUUAGCUUUUGGUGUAUAGCUUCCUUUGUGUGUUCUAAUUAAUCAGCUAAAAUAUACGUCAAAUUGAGUGUUUCAAAACUUUUCGAAAAAAGAAAAAAAAAAGAAAGAGCAGUUGUCCGUGAAACGUUUUCUUAUUCUUCUUUAUUUACUCACGAAAUAAGAGAUUUUUUUUUAAUGAAUUGGUUUCUCUUUUUAUUGACCGUUGGUUACAAAUUCUUCAACACUCACGCUGUAUAUUAAAACAACAAAAAAGUCCGUCGAAUGUUUUUCAAACCAUUGUCUUAUUAAUUGCAACUUUUUUGGUUAUUAAAUUAUUUGUAUGUAAAAUAGCAUUCAUAUAUUACUUAUGCGUCUGUAUAUCACAAUUAUAGGUGAUGUGCUGGAAAAUUUAGAAUACACUCAUCAUAUUAUUGAUCAGUAUAUAAUAUAUAAUUAUGCCUUA